GCCCGAGCUUGGAACUUUCCAUGUUCCUUCCGCUCGGAAGUCCGAUGUGAGGCAGGCCAAGCCAAGUGCACCACCACAGACAACAUCGCGACAUGCUGUCUACACGCCUGCUGCGGCAGCCAGCAUGCCAAUUGGCCUCGCGAAGCUCCGUCACAUCUCAAGCAUCAAGGCCUCGCCCGUCGAUACGCGCCUUCCACGCCUCCCCGCCACGGCAGGAUCCCGUCCUCGACGCCCUCCUCUACCUACCACACGAGAUGAUGGCCUUGAUUCAUACCACCGCCCCCUGGUAUGCCACCAUCCCGCUCACUGCCUUCCUCACGCGCGGCCUGCUCGUCACUACGGCUGGAGCAUGGGCGCGUUCGCUCACCGCGCGCUACAUUGGUCUGCAUCCGUUGCGACAGGCACUUGCCUUCCAGAAACGUGAUCAAGUCCUGAAGAGCGGCAACUUCAGACACCCCAAGGAAGCUGUCGUGUUGGUGCGGAAGGAGGUCAAGGAGGUGACGACCAAGCUGGAUAACCGGUGGAAUGUCACGCUGCGGGGACAGAUCGGGUGGACGUUUGCCCAGAUACCCAUCUUCUUCGCCAUGGCAGAAGUCAUACGCCAGAAGUGUAUGGCUCGUGACGGGUUGUUGGGUUUAGGGUUUUCUGCUUUCAGGGGUGGGGAUGAUGUUGCAAGCGCCAGCGCCAGUGAAGUCGUUAAUACUACUAGCCGCUGGUUUGAGCCAUCACUCGCAAACGAGGGCAUGCUGUGGUUCCAGGACCUACUGGUUCCGGACCCAACAGGUGCACUGCCGUUUUUGGUCUCAGGCCUCAUGUUCGCCAACAUCUAUAUCACGAAGAACACCGUUAGUAGCGAUGCCAAGUGGCCGCUGGUCAUCCGGAGGACGUUACUCGGUGUCGCCCUUCUUAUAGGGCCUCUGUGCCAGCAAAUUCCGGCUGCCUUGCUACUCUACUGGGGAUCAAGUACGUCUUCUGUCAUGCUGUGGAACGCCUGGCUUGACUGGAAGUACCCGGCUCCGAGAGGCUUUACGGCCUGCAAAAGGCCGCUUCAGAUGCCACCUAAGCCAGUGACUAAGGGACGGAGAGUGUAGAAUAUUUAUACCAAGAUGAUUGCCCUAUGCCCACUAUAUCACUAUUGUAAGAGCUUCCCGACAAAUUUACGUUCAUACCGAGCCACCGACGGCCAAGGCAUGCGCAUACAAUAGCCUAUCGCCUCCAGUGCCAUGUCAUUCACAACAAACGAUCAAGAUCACUUUGAAAAUCCGCACUUGAGCUGGCGACCGCGUGUAUCACGGUCGCGCAUGGGUAUGUGGACGUGAUGGUUAAAUUGUGCGCUCAAGAUUGAAC